AUGCAGAUCCUGGUAACCAACGACGACGGCCCGGCUUCUCCGCUCGUGUCCCCGCUGAUCAGGGCCGCGGCGUCGCUGGGGACGGUGACGGUGGUCCUGCCCGCCACCGAGCGGAGCUGGACCGCGAAGGCGAUGACCCGCUACGCCGACCUGCCGCUGGCGCGCCGCGACCACCCGGAUCGCGACGGCAACGCCGUGAGCGGCUUCACCCUGGGCGGCACGCCGGCCGACUGCGUCAACGCCGGUUGCUACCUGCUCGGUCCCCGGCCACCCGAUCUGGUGCUGUCCGGCGUGAACGCCGGUGAAAACACCGGUGUCUCCUACGCGGCCGGUUCCGGCACCAUCGGCGCCUGCCUUGAGGCCAACAUCGCGCUGGUCCCGGCGAUCGCCCUCUCGCAGCAACUGACCCCGGCGGGAUUCGCGAGUUGGGCCGCGCCGCGCGCCGGCCGAGCCGGGAACCGAGCUAGGAGACGCGCUCGCGCAGCUCGACCGCUUGCUGCCCGCGCUACUCGCCGAUCUGCUGCCUCGGCCGAUCGCCCGGGAACGCGAGCCCGGUACCCGACUCACUCUGGAGUGUGA